CUCUCCUGUCCGACUUUCCGAGCAGCGUAUCAUGGCGGCGCAGAUGGCGGUAAAUUCGGGAGCCAGUCUGUGGGGGCCGCUGAAGGAGUUGUGGGAGACGGUGGACGGGGCGGUGUUGAGGAGGCAGCCCGAGAGCGUCCACCUCCUGGACCUUCAGCUGAAGAAACACAAAGCCAACUUUCUCUCACUCUUCAAGAACCCGCCAAAGAGUGCCGAGCAGAGAGAAAAGGUGCGUAAAGCGAGCACAGAAGGUAUCCCCAUCCAAGGUCAGCAGGGGUCUCGUCUUCUUCCAGAGCAGCUUCUCAAAGAGGCCUUCAUCCUCAGUGAUUUGUUUGAUAUUGGAGAAUUGGCAGCUUUGGAGCUUCUGUUGGCAGGUGAGCAGCAGCAGCCACAUUUUCCGGGUCUGACACGAGGACUAGUAGCCGUGCUGCUCUACUGGGAUGGAAAGCGUUGUGUGGCAAACUCCCUGCGCACACUCAUCCAGUCACGCCAGGGAAAGACCUUCACCCUGGACCUGAGUGGGGAGCUGGUGGCUUACACGACAUGUUUCACAGACGAACUGAUGAGCCAAGGCUUAACCAAACGCAUCCUCACCUUGGUGUCAGAGAUAAGUGUGACGCGUGAGUUUGAACGCCUGCAGAAGGAGCGCGGCCUAGGAAACGAGAAGCACAGAAAGGAGGUGUCAGACCUCAUCAAAGAAUGCAGACAGGCUCUGGCAGACAGCCUCUUCUCCUGGACCUGCCAAUCACCGCUGACUAAAGAUGACACGCUGGCUCUGAUUGGCCACCUGGAGACGGUCACAGCUCAAGCUGACGGCUCAUUGGACAGUGUGAACCUGGCCCUGGUGAUGGCUCUGCUGUACUGCUUGGACGUCAGCUUCAUAGAACAGGGAACAGAAGACAGAGAAGAUCUGCUCCAGGCUCUUCCGUUGCUGACUGAGAGGCAGUAUGUGUCUGCGGUGCACAGUCGUCUGAUGGACUGUCAGCCGUGGAAGCUUCCAGGCCUUCAGGCGGUGUGUCGCAUGGCCUGGGCUCUUUCUCUGAGGGUCCUCUCUCAGCUACCACAGGGAUCCGCCCUGGUGGAGUUCACAGAGGGGGACGAGGCUCUAGCUGACUUGGCGCUGCUCGGAGAUGUCUUCUUGUUUAUGAAGGAGGGCAUGCUGGGCUGUGAGAGUUUUUCCCAGGAGGAGUUUUACAUCCGCCGCCUCCAUUCACUAAUCACAGACUUCCUGGCACUGAUGCCGAUGAAGGUGAAGCAGCUUCGUAACCGGGCUGAUGAGGAUGCUCGUCUGGUGCACAUGUCGCUGCAGAUGGACAGUGAGCUCCCAGCGUCAUUACGCAAGGACUUAGACCACCUCAUGACCCUUAUAGGAGAGUUUUACAGUAAGGACUCUUUUGGGCUGGAGUUGGGUCUGGAGUUCUGGUGUCCCACAGAGUCCCUUCAGCACACCUCUCUGCAGGGAUCCUACCUGGGAAUGGCCCUGCAGAGGCCUCCACACAAACAGGUGGUUUUGUCAAAGUUUGUGCGUCAGAUGGGAGACCUUCUGCCCUCCACGCUCUACAUCUCCUAUCUGCGUAUGCUGAAAGGCCUCGCUAACGGUCCUCAGUGUGCUCACUACUGCUUCAGCCUGUUGAAAACCAACGGAGCCACACACAGUGACAACAUCCAGGGAGUUUCCGGCAGCCCGGUGUCUUGGGAACAUUUCUUUCACUCCCUCAUGCUCUACCACGAGAACCUGCGACGAGACUUCCCAAAUCCAGACGCUUCACAGUACCGACAUCCGCCACUGAGGGGCAUCACGCAGAGAGAGCUGGAGGGACUCACCUCAUUUCUGGAGCUGCUCACCACCAUUAUUACCUGGAGUGAGAAUGCUCGCCUGGCGUUGUGUGAGCAUCCUCAGUGGACCCCGGUGGUUGUGAUGUUGGGGCUGCUUCAGUGCAGCGUUCCUCCCGUUCUGAAGGCUGAGGUCCUGCACUGCCUGGCUGCGUUUGGGAAGUCGCCAGAGAUCGCUGCUUCUCUCUGGCAGUCACUGGAGUACACACAGAUCCUUCAGACAGUUAGAGCCCCAGGACAGAGACAGGCCGCUGGGAUCGAGGUGGAGUUGAAUGAGAUCGAAUCCAGCUGCGAGGAGUAUCCCCUGACACGUGGCUUCUGUCAUCUGACAAGCACAUUGGUGGAGAGCAGCAUGCCUGUCAAUUUGGGGGCGGGGCUACGUGUGCCAGGCUUUCAGCCCUACCUGAACUUCCUUCGUGACUCUGUGUUCCUGCCCUUCCCGACCAGAGCGUACCGCCGCCCAGCAGAGAAGUGGGAGGUCGCAGAUGCUGUGCUGGAGGUGUUCCACAAGCUGCUGCGGGACUACGAGCCCCAGCCGUCAGACUUCGUGCAGGAGAUGGUGGAGCUGCAGGGGGAGCAGGUCCCUGCUCACAAGCCCCCCGGCCACAGCAUCAUGUUCCACCUGCUUAACGACUCGCCCAUGCUGGCGCUCUGCCUCAGCCUGCUGGAGGAGGGUGUACGCCAGCUGGACACCUACGCACCCUUCCCUGGUAAGAAGCACUUGGAGUCGGCCGUGCUUCACUGCCUGUGCCUGCUGGACUUGGCUCUGCAGAAGGAGGUGAUGUACAUGGACCUCCUCAGGGAGAGCCAGUCCUCCCUGCUGGUGUCCCCCUUGGAGCAGCUCCUCCAGGGGGUCAGUCCUCAAACUCGAAGAGCCGAUCACAUCGUCAAUAUUGCAAGGUAUCUGUAUCACAGCAGCUCCAACCCGGAGGCUGCUUUCCAGAGUGCAAAGAUCCUGCGUCAUAUCGCCAACUACCCCAACAUUCAGAACCGGCUGGUGGGAGAUUUCACACAUGACCAGGCUGUGAGUGACAAACUCAUGGCGGGCUUUGUGGAGUGUCUGGAUAACGAAGAGGCGGAGGAGGGAGCAGAGAGAGAAGACGACUCUGACCCACAAAAUAAGGUUUCGAGAAUCCGACAUGAAACUCAGAUCCACAUGCUGAACCUGCUCAUCACCUCUUUGGAGCUGAAGACCCCCAACCUGGCCCUCUAUCUUCUGGGUUAUGAAGUCAAGAAGCCGGUGUCCACUACCAACCUGCAGGACCCGGGUGUGUUGGGGUGUCCACGGAGUUGCCUGCACGCCAUUCUGAGUCUGCUGCAGAGAGGCACUGAGAAGAGAUCAGGACCUGUACUCACACAGCAGGCGCCACACCUGGCCGAGCUCUGCUACCAGGUGAUCUACCAGCUGUGUGCCUGCCCGGAUACAUCAGGACCCACCAUGCGCUAUUUGAGGACCAGCCAGGACUUCCUGUUCUCUCACCUGCAGCACCUCCCCUUCAUCCUGUCCAGCAAUCAGAUCGCCGCCCUGUCCCAGAUGUCUUGGCUCAUGAAAACAGCUGCGAUCGAGCUGAGAGUGACCUCACUGAACCGCCAGCGUUCACACACACAGCGUCUCGUCAGCCUCCUGUUGGACGACCAGCCACACACCCAACAUUCAGAUGGAGAAACUGGCAUGGAGGAGGAAACCAGAUCAGUCAGUGGAUUCCUGCAUUUUGACACUGUUUCUAAAGUGCGCAGGAAGUUGCUGAGUGUGCUGGACGCCAUCGACUUCAGCCAGGACAUGCCUGAGCUGCUGCAGCUGGACUUCUUUGAGCGCGCUCAGAUCGAGCAGGUGAUCUCAAACUGUGAGCACGUGAACGAGCAAGGACACACCGUGUGCAACGUUAAGUUGCUGCAUAGAGUGCUGGUCGCUGAGGUGAAUGCACUGCAGGGGAUGGCAGCCAUCGGACAGAGGCCCUUGUUAAUGGAGGAGGUGAACUCCAUCCUGCAGCAGGUGGUCGAACGUAAUCGUGUCCGAAGAAGUCUGAGUGCGAAGCGACACGCACUGCGGUCAUGGAGGAGCCUCGUGGAGACACUGCUGACGGCGUGCCCUUCAGAUCUCAUACCUGCAGACGACAGACAGCUUAUCAUCAGAGACCUGCUGCUGGACCUGCACGAUAAGGUGUUAUCCGAGGAUGCAGCAGGAGAACUGAUGCCAAUCGUUGCUGGGGCAGUCUUCACCCUGACAGCUCACCUCAGCCAAUCAGUCCUGUCAGAGCAGCAGCAGGGGGCGGGACUAGAGGCCUCGUCCGGCUUUGCCUCCAUCGCCAACUCAGCCUUGCACCUGAUUCUACGCAAGCUGCUGGACUUUAUCCUGAGUACUGGAGGUGGAUACCAGCGUCUACGUGCUCACUUGUACGGCUCCUUGCUUUACUACCUUCAGAUGGCUCAGAAACCCGAUGAGCCAGACACUCUGCAGACAGCCGGGAAGGCGAUGUGGGAGCGUCUCACAGCUCCUGAAGAUGGUUUCUCCAAACUGCAGAGAGAAAACCUCGCCAUCAUCGAGAGCUACGGAAAGUCUCUGAUGGAGGUGGUGUGCCGGGACGCCUGUGACGGCCAUGAAAUUAGCAGGAUGUUAGCUCUGGCGGUGCUGGACCGGAUCCUGUCCAUAGACCGUCAGAACCAGUGGCUCGUUUACGUCUGUAACAGUGGUUACUUGCGAACACUGGUGGAGAGCCUGAGGCAGGAUGAUGUCGCCCUGCAGAGCCUUCUCACCCCUCAACCCCCCCUCCUCAAACCGCUCUACAUCUACGAGAGCAAGAUGGCUUUGCUGACUCGUGUUGCAAAGACGGGGCAGGGAGCCGUGGAGCUGCUGCGCUGUGGUCUGGUGGCUCAGCUGAUCGAGUGUCAGGUGUUUGACAUGGUGCCUGACAGUGACGCACACAGGGUGAUGAGGGACGCAUCAGGUUUCAUCCCGAGCCCUCUGGACCGCUACAGACAGAUUCUCUUACCCACCUUGAGGCUCUUUCAGGUGAUCCUGACCUCCACCACCAUGAACCACCAGCAGGGGGCAGCACAGGUCCUCCAGUGGCUGAUAGUCCACGCAGACACCAUUCAGGCCCUGCUGCGCUGUCAGGAGCUCAGUAUGGGAGCUUUGCAGGAGCUCUCUUUGCUUACAGGCAUCAUCAGCAAGACGGCUCUGCCAGGCGUCCUUGAGAUGGGCGGGGAGGUGAACGGUGCGGCACUCCUGGAGUUCCAGGGACACAUCAACAGAUUCCAACGCCUCUGUCUGUCCCUGCUGGGCCGUCUGGCGGGGAGUGAGCGUGAGAGGUUGCUGAAGCAGGCGGAGAUCGCUGCACCGGGAGACUCUGCAGAAAGACGGGAGGAGAUGGAGGUCUCCAUGCAGCAGGUGUGUGCUAACAUCAUGGAGUACUGCCAGACCCUGCUGCUGCAGAGCUCGGCUCAGGCUCAGUUCAGCAUCUGCCUCUUCAGCCCGUCAGGCAGCGAGCCAGCGGGCCGGGACGGAGGACGAGCAGACUUGUCAUCCACUCUGCCCUCCAUGGCUUACUCGCGGGCCCCCAGCCUGGGUCUGGUCCUGUACCUGCUGAAGAACAGCGCUGCAGAUUUCUUCCGCUUCCACCAGAGUCACAGACAGAGCCUGGGCAAGCUGCAGAGCCUGGACCAGCUUCCUCCCGAGGAGCUCAAGGAGCUGUGCCAAGGCCUGGUGUCGGGCCCAGGAGGGGUGGAGAAGAUCCCCUCGGUCCAGAGGAACUUGCUGGCCAAGAGACGGCUGGUCCAGCUCAUUAACAACAGAGCCAAGCUGCUGUCCCUCUGCUCCUAUGUUAUCGAGACGUGUUUGUUUGUGUUGUGGCGCCACCUGGAGUACUACCUGUUGCAUUGUACUCCCACCGACCCAAAAGACCUGUUGCCUGGAGCUGGUUUAUUCAGAUCACGGCUCACAGAUGACUCGUUUGGUGGGCUGCAAGCAAGUGGAGGCCGGGGUCUCAGUCUGUCCCGAGUCAGCCAGCAAGACCUGGACCUGCUGAAGGGCGACAUGGCUGCGGGUUUCGGAGAGGCUCUGCAGAAGAAGCUGCUGGAGGUGGAGGGUCAGUACAGCCAGGUCCGCUCCAGAUACACCUUCAUCCAGGCCCUGGUUCGCAGGAUCCGCGGCCUGCUUCGACAGCCCAAAAGCUGAGACACACACACAAACUCAAAGACUGACCAAAAUGGAAUCGCUCCGUUUUCAUGAAUUGGAUGAAAUCGUCUGCCAAGCAAAACCAGAAAACCAUCGAGGACUCUUUAACUCUUUGUCACACAGCACUCUUUUCUACCGACCGGUCGAAGCUCUUUAGUACUUUUGGACUUUGAUGCCCUGAAAACGUGUUUUGCUUUCUGUGUGAUCAUUCCUAAUUAUGUUUGACAAACGCUGUGCAAGAAGUGUUCCUCGAUGAAAUUUUUUUUACUCAUUCAGAGGAUUCAAUGUUCUUUUGUUUGGACUGCUUUCUCUCUCUCUCUUUUUUUGGGUGAAAAUAAACGUUUCCUAAAUCUGUUAA